AGUGGGUGACAACCUCGCCAUUAGAGCAGUGUAGGAGACGCUCCCGGGUUAUAAUUCCUGGUAUAAUCCCGCGCGGUCACCACCACCUCCAUCCCGGCGGCGUAGUGAGGGGGGCGUGGAGUGUCCGGGGACAUGUGUCGCGACCCUGCACGAGUUACUGAAGACAGCGCAUGAGGCUAGUGACUUUCCCCGAGUGACCUGCGGUGUGAAUGGUUAGCGUAAUGAGUGUGGGCGAUGAUGGUGGCGAGAAAAUUACGGCCACGAUGGUAGCAACGACGGCGGUGGUAACGGGCACCACCCAGCCCUACACCACCAGCCUGCCACCCAUAACAUCCCCCGUCACACCUUUGGGCCCCACUGAGAACCUCCUCUUCCUGCAGACUACUGCUGCCCAGGCCAUAGCUGGGGCAUUUGUUUGGGCAGCGCUUCUCAUCACAUGUCAUCAGAUAUAUCAGCACCUUCGAUACUACAGCAACCCAGCGGAGCAGAGAUGGAUUGUGCGGAUUUUGCUAUUUGUGCCAAUAUAUGCGUUCGACUCCUGGCUCUCGCUUCUGUUCUUCAACAAAGACAAUUAUUAUAUCUACUUUGAUACUGUCAGGGAUUGCUAUGAAGCAUUUGUGAUCUACAACUUUCUUAGUCUCUGCUACGAGUACCUGGGUGGAGAAGGAAACAUUAUGAGCGAGAUCAGAGGGAAGCCUAUUAGAUCAUCAUGCAUGUACGGAACGUGCUGUCUUGUUGGCAAGACGUACACAAUUGGCUUCCUUCGGUUCUGUAAGCAAGCCACCCUCCAGUUCUGCCUGGUUAAACCUGUUAUGGCCUUCAUUACUAUAAUUUUGCAGUUCUUUAACAAAUACCAGGAUGGUGAUUGGAGUCCUGAAGGUGGAUACUUGUACAUCACGAUCAUUUACAACAUCUCGGUGUCGCUGGCCCUGUACAGCUUAUUCCUCUUCUACUUUGCUACAAGAGACUUGCUGCAGCCAUAUGAACCUUUACUUAAAUUCUUUACCAUAAAAUCGGUUAUCUUUUUAUCAUUUUGGCAAGGAGUUCUCUUGGCUAUUCUUGAAAAGGGGAAAGUUAUAGAAGGCAAUCCGACCCUAAACACGGGCACGGUGUCUGCUGGCUACCAGAACUUCAUCAUUUGCGUGGAAAUGUUCUUCGCCUCGGUGGCUCUUCGCUACGCCUUCCCUUACCAGAUAUACGGAGAUUUUACUGUGACUGGACCUGGUCGUAGUGUUACCAUGCAGAGCAUCUCGUCAUCACUGAAGGAAACCAUGAACCCGAAAGACAUCAUGACAGAUGCGAUCCACAACUUCCAUCCGCAGUACCAACAGUACACCCAAUAUAGUGCAGGCGAAGGUGGCCGGCCAACACAGGUACUUACGCAGAGCCACGAUAUGGAGGAGCUUCGACCAGACCUAUUGCCAGUGUCGUCGACCACUCCUAGCACCGGGACCUUUGACACGGGCCCCUCCCCUACCCCUGCCGCUACCAGUAACGGCAGCAGUGGCUCUGUAGUGGGUUCUGGCGUCAGUGUCAUCUCCCUGGCAGCACCUUCACAGCAGUCUCAGCAGCCUGGGAAACUUCCACCGCCGCCCUCUAAAGGUGGAACUACGCGAGGCUCUGGCCACACUGCAGUAAGUACGUACGAUGCUGAUGAAGUUCCAAGGUCAAAUGGAAACAAUGGAAUGGGUGGCGGAGGGAUUGGAAGCGGCAACGGAGGAGUGGGUGGCAGAUCCCUAAAUGGUGGGCGGAAUGGCAAUGGACGUACAGCAUACAAUGAGAAGACAAUGCUAUUGAGUUCUGAUGAUGAAUUUCAGUGAAAUGAGUCCAGAAAUGUAUCCUAGGUUGGGAAGAUGACCAGUCGUCUGGUGUUCGACAAGUCAAGUUUUUCUUCAGAAGCUCUUCAAGAAGUAAACCCAUAUGAAGCAUCUCCCCCCCCCCCCCCCCCCCCCCCCAUCCUCCCCCGUCAAUUGGUGCAAGUACAGCUCCACCAUAAUUGCUUGGUCACAUUUGUGCCGGGCUACAGUCCAGCAGGAGGAGGAGGAUUCGUGUGUUUCUGGCCAGUUGUAAGUGUGUGUGUGUGUGCAUAAAUUCAAUGCUAUAUUGAUGCUAGUUAAUGAAGUGUAGUAGUCCAAUGAGGUAAAUCUAUUGGAAUUUAAGUUUUUAUUUUAAGCCUUCGGAGAUCCUUUUGCACAGCAUUUGAAAAGUACAGUACGUCACUAUAUUUUCUAGUGUAUUAGAUAAAAUUUUUGGUAGUUCAAUGAGCUACCUCAUAAGCAGGUGCUAAAACCGGGUUGACACAUUAGAAAUUUCAGUUGAUGGUAAUGAGGAAAAUAGACAUGAUAUUGUACCUAGAAACUUGGAAGGAUGUUUAGAAAACCUCACUUGUGUAUUCGUAGUGGUGGUAAACACUACCACUUGUGUGCAGAGUACAGUAGUAACAAGUGGCACCUGGUUGAUGGGGUUCUGGGAGUUCUUCUACUCCCAAAGCCCGGCCCGAGGCCAGGCUCGACUUGUGACUCUUGUAUAUAAAGUGGUAAUUUGAAUAAUACUUUGAGAUUGAUCCCAGGAAACUGAAUUUUGGUGGCAGCGUGCUUUACCGAUAUAGUUGUGCUACUUCGCGUGGAAAUGAGGUGACAGUAAUGUACCUAUUGGGACCUUGUUCUUCUGUACCUAAUUUAAUACGAAGGUUUAACGGUUAAAUUAAACCAAAGAGUGGCAAAGCAUUUUAAAUCAGUUUACCUGGACAUUUUCAAUUCUGAUUGACUUGUAUAUUAAAUGCCACUUGUAUUUAUUUGUGGAAUCAUUGGAUUAAAUGUUUGUCACGAACCUGGUGGUGUGAUUAAGAGACAGACAGAACCAAUUGUUUUAAAUUUUUGAACCCCAGAAAGUAUUAAAUUCGUUUGUCACGUGUGUUAAUAUUUGUAUUUUAUGUAGUAAAAUAAAAUUGCUUUAGUCAUUGGAGAUGUGGUACAUUGCUGAAAACUUAAGUGGAAUUUAAAAAAACUUAUUUUAAAUAUAUUAACUGCUAUCUUGGCAAGAUUUGGUAUUUGCUUGUGAAAUUAUGUCGUCUGGUCUACAAUUUGCAAUAUAAUAGAAAUAAUGCACUUCAGGUUCUUUUAAAGGUUUAAAGUCCACUUAAAAGAAAUUUUAGAUGUUACAUAAAUGCUUGAGCAUUACAAAACCACAAGGGUAAUAAAGGUGGUUAAAGUAUUGUAGCGCUGCCUCAAAAUGGCCAUUUUCAGGCAGUGUCCCAAAGCCAGGAAGAGCUCUCAUAAUGUGUAGUUACAUCAGACACGGGGAAAGGUAAUAAGAGGGAUACAUUGUUCUGUAUUAUCCAUAGUAAACCAUAUUGAAUGUGUGAUAAUUGAAGAUAAUGCAACUACUAAACGUGUAAGUUGGUAAUGUGAUGCCGAGAGUAUGGGUUUGUAUUGCCUCGUGGCUGUAGCUCGGAGAGAGAGGUGGUGAUGUCCGAGACAUUGCCUUAAAUACACUUAUAAUUAUGCUUCGUGCUGCAGGGAUUAUUACACUUGAUUUGGUUACAUUUCUGCAAGGAUUAAUUUUUGUAAGAUAGGAGUUUUAAAAGAGCCAUGUUCAAUUAGAGGCAGCAGGUUGGUUGUAUAUUUAAAAGAUAUUGAUGCAAGUUUUUUUUUUUUUUUUUUUUUUUUUUUAAUUAAGGUCAGCAGCUGUCACACAAAUAAUAUAUAUUGACCUCAUAGUGAUCUAUUUUUCAUAAAUGCAAUAGUAUGAUGGAAAAAUAUAUUCUCCUUUAGACAGAUUGUCAUUAGUUGAGCAAAGUUGAGAAUUAUUGGGCAACUUUAAUUUAUAAGCUUAGGCUAGAAACAGAUGUUAACUAUUGACAUGAUUACUCUUAGAUCCGGCUAUGUGUCCCAUCAGGAAUAUAUAUUUCAAGCAUACUUUUCAUGUUGAUACUGUAUUUGGUAAUGGGUGUGCUGUGAGUUUGUUGCGUUACACCAUUUUAUAAUGUAGGUAGUGCAUCAAAGCUGAUACUUUUGUAACAUUAACAGUGAUUGUCUAGACUGGUUCACUAAUUAUUUUAUACACAGACAAGAGUGGCACUAGAACGUUAAAAGGCGGGGCCCCAAGAGCUACAUCUUUAGUCCCGUAGACGGUAAGGUAGACUCAAACACGGGUACACGGUUUCCAAAUUGUUUGAUAAAAUAUACAAACAAGGUGGAACACCCUAUGUAUAGCUCUCUUGUGACUGCAAGUAGGAACACUUGUGCACGUGUGCACACAAACCCACCCAACAUACACAUGAAUGCACACAUUUCCCAAGGGUUCGGACACAGUAGACGGCAAGACGGUUAGACAAUAUGAUUAUUAUAUGUUUUUAAGUAGGGAUGAAAGCUAGUUUUUGAAGCUGUGGAAAAGAGGGCAGAGUUUUAAACUAUGAAGUAAAAACAAAUGUAAAAUAUUUUUUCAUUUUUGUGGAUGGCUUGCCUACACCCUAGAAGUAAAUGAACCACUGGCAACGUGAAAAAACUGUACGUAUAUAAAGUACACGAAGACCAGACAGUGAAUAUUGCUGUAUUUCUGCGACUCCAAAUAAGCAAUUCCACGUGCACAUGGACAUGCUCGCACCCAGAUGUGCUUGGAAACGCAGAAACUGCCGAGAGAAGGAUCAUUAGCAAAUUUAGAGAAUCUAUACAAUACUGUAUAUCACUUACAUCUAUUAUAUCAGAAAUAUUUUAGUUCAGCUUGUUAUAUUGAAGAUUGUCAAUAAGACCGUUGCUGUAGCAGAAUAACACUUUCCUAUAUCAAUAUACAUUUUUGUGAUUAAAGAAAUGAUAUCGACGUUAUUCUUUAGCAAGUGUACCAUUGCACUUGGUGUUGACAUUUACAAUGUUUGAGGCAAGGUUGUAUGUGCACCACCACCAUCCACCUGCCCUUAAUUUUAAUAAUGGAAUACUAAAUUUCUCAUCCCACGUGAAAUCGGUCAUUUCAUAUUAAUAAAACUUUUGCUUGAAAGAGGAUAUUAUUUUGCUAGUGUAAAAGUUGCCAAAUGGUGGUUGAGAAUGUGUGGCUGUACAGUAACUGGUUUAUACCGUAAUGGAGAGCGCGUCUGUGUAAACACAUCCGUAAAAGUGGGAGAAUAUUUACAGGAUGUAAUAUAAUGUUACAGUAAUUGAGACUUUUCUUUUAGAGCAAGACGGUGGAAUUAAACUAGUGUCUUGUAUCACCUCGCACACAUCUUGCCCAUGGACCACAGUGUGCUAAAGAAUAACAAGCUGUUACUUUUAAGACGGUCCAUGGGUGAGGCAUGAAUCUGGGGUGACCUAGGAUGGUGGCAAGAUUCCACCGCCGUCCUCCGGAUUUUCUGAAAUAGUAUCACGUUAUUGUGAUUUCACUGUGCGCUAUAAUUUUCAAGAGCUUCUGUAUAUUUGAGUAUAGAUCAAUCACAAAUUCCCAGUUAUCACAAGUCAUGAUGAAUUAUUCAACUAGUCCUCCAAAUAUGAUAGUGCUUAUAGCAAUUAUUGGUCGAACAUGGUUAAAUGGACUGUUUUAUUCCCCAAAAAGCUUUUGUACUAUUAGAAUGCACCAAAUGGCAUGGCCCCCCCAAAAAAGAGAGUAAAAUGAUAACCUAACGUAUUCUAGGCACGAUAACCAAUCCUAAGACUAAGAAUGCAUAUAUUUAGUAUAUAUUUGCUGUACGAGGCCUAGGCAAGUUUAGGUUUGGUUGUCACCUUUCGUUUCCUCUAUAAAAUUAGUAGUACAAAACAAACACUUUGAGGUACAAGUCCAUUUAUCUAGGCUUGAGAAAUUGUUGCCAUUAGUGCUAUAAUUAUAGUUUUUGGACAAAAGUUGGAAUGAACACAUUAUUGCCUAAAUCGGUUUUCCUCUUCAGAUUAUACAGUUUUCUCCAUGACCUAUGCCAGUGAUCUACGUGUAAGGAAUUGUAAAUAAAUAUUCGUAUUCUGUAAGGGGAACUUAUAGAUCAACUUGAGAGAGAAUGUUACCAAACCAAAGAUUGAAUAAUAUCAUUCCAACAUUGAUUCCUAAUGAAAUUUGCAAUAUAUAUUUUUUUCUCUUUUGGCUUAGAGUAAAUUAUGAAAAUGUUGCCAUAUAUUUUAUUAAUAUAUAUUUUAAUGUAUAUUUACAAACAAACAAAACUAACAAAAAAAAAAAUAAAGGUCAUUUACAAUUUGCAUGGUAAUAUUUUUAUUAUUUAAUCUAUAAUGAUUUCAAAAGUCAAAUGGAAAGCACAAGUUGAACAUUUUGUUCACGCCAAUGUUAUGUUGCAAAUGUACUUAAAUAGGGGGUUGCUGAUUUUUAAGUUAAUCCUCUGAUUAUAUUUUCCUAUUACAUUUGUAUGCAAAUUGACUCCAUAAAUAUAUUAUAUAUAUAUAUAUACUUUACUGUAUAUGUGUACACACGAUUUUUUUUUAUUAUAGACAAAUAAUUAUUGCAAUGUUAAGUUAACUUGAGCCAGAAUGUUCUAUAAUUUUCUACAUUUAGUGUGACUGUAAAGAUAGGUAUGUAUGAAUGCAAUAUACUGUAUACAUGCCUAUAUGUAAGCGUGUGUGUAAUAAAAUGUACGUGUGAAUAAUUUAAAUUGAAUGCUGAAAAAAGUUUAUUUCGACUUUUAUUAUUUGAAGCUCGAGAGUAUAUUUAAGGAAGAUGAAAUGAGCAUUUGUCUUGGCACCUUGCCAGUAUAACGUCUGUGUAGUUCGCAUGGUAAACAUUCAACAAUUAUUUUCUGGCUCGUGUAUGUCUGGGUAUCAUUGUUACAUAGUUUUAUUCUACAAAACUGAAGCCGUCUGUCCUGAUUUUUAUAAUGUGUAAGUUUUUUUUUUUUUUAAAUUGAGAGAACCUUAUGAUUUGGGUAUUAAUAUUUAUUAUAGGUGAAUAUUGUGAGUUGAGGGUCUUAUGUAUGCACAUGCACUCCAGAGCUGAACAAAGUAUAGUCACUAGAAUAGAUUAUAUUUUGAGUGCAAUUGCUUUUAGGCAUUGCAGUGUCUGUGAGUGCAUCUGCUUGCUUGCAUUGUGUGCAUGCAUGCAUAUAUUGAACUUAGUUUUUAAUAAUGAAAGAUGUGUAUUCAGCUCUUAUUUGUCACUUGGUUAAAAAUUUUGCACUGAAAACUCGUUGGACAAACGAUAUUGAACUGAUGGUCAUUGAACAUUUUGCGUGCUGGUGAUUUACGCUGAAGUAAUUUUCCAGUCACUGCAUCCAUAACUUGACAAAAAGGAUAUUUAGACUGUACUUUAAAAUUUAAAUGUGUUUCCAGACAUCACAAUGAGGCUGAAGAUACGACCAAACCACACUCCAGAUGACGACGCGUCGGUUCAUCCUGGAGAAUUAUUAAGUUGUAUGUGGGUCAACACACACACGACUUGAUGACGGUUCAGGACAGACUGAAACGUAGUACUUAGUUUAUUCAUCUUCGGGUGUGUGGUUUGGUCAUCAUAAGUGUUUUGUUUAAGGAAUUUUUAAUUUAAGCUUUGUGGAUGGAAAAAUCUAAUUGGUUUCCAUUUGAGAAUAAAAUUGAUCAUGAUUCCACUGUAGCUUAAUAUUUUCUUUUUAAUGCAAAUUACAAGUACAGUACAGGGUAUAUUAUUCUAAUUGCAACAAGGAUAUUAGAUGUGCCAGCAAUUGGUUCUUAGCAUUUGAUGCUACUGAUCUUAAAGAGAACUGAUUAAGGAAGAUGCUUAAAGCAAUUUUCUCUAUGCAAAACUUGACUUGUUUAGGUUUGUCUGGUUUAAAAAAAAAAAAAAAUUCAUAUGGAAAAGGCUUGGUGCCCUCAUUUGAUGAUUACUUAAUUUUGUGAAAAUUUACACGGCAGUUCACUCGCUUUUAGCAAAUGAAUUUGUAUCUUGUGAAGGAACAUGCUAAAUGUCCUUUGCAGUCCAUGGAUGCUCUAGUUUUUUCAAUCAUUAGGAUAAUAUUUAAAUUACUUACAAGUGACUUAUAACUGAUUGAUUGUUUCAGAUUACACUUGUUGAAGGAAAAUAUAAGAAUUAAAUAUUUUUUAUAUAUAAAAUGUUCUAGCAGUGACUGGGACACGUAGUUACCUUGUACAGUCGAUAAAGUCUUGGUUCAUUAAAUUUUGUACAUUGUAAUUUUUUAUCAAUUUUAUUUUAAUCCCAUUACCACUUCUAAACAAGACACUUGGUUCCUUUAACUGGUGUUGGUUACAAUAGCACCAUUGCAUAUUUUUAUUUUAAGUAAAGGACUGAUCCACCUUUAUAUACCGAACUAUAGUACUAAUUUGCUUCCAAUUUUGUGCUUUAAAAAAAGUUUAUUCGUUCCCCCUGCCCCCCCCCCUACUUUCUUUUUUACACAUUAACAAACCAAUUCUGAUAUAAAGCAGUUGUGUGUUUGUGUAUCUAACCACAUCAUAAUUGUGUGUUUUUCUUGUGGCAAUUGUAACCUUGAUAUGUUGUAACGAGCAUCGUGUACCAUGUAGCCCAUAGAUGUAUAUAUAAGGAAUUCUGAAAUAAUUGAAGUGGCUUCA